AUGGAGGCACCAGUGAUAAAUUCCACCUGGGGAUAUAUACAGGGAGUGGAGAGGACCAGUAGGGACGGACAACCUUACUUUGGCUACUACGGAAUCCCGUACGCGAAACCUCCAGUUGGAGAUCUCAGAUUCAGAAAACCUCAACCACAUCCAGGAGUUUCUGACGUUUUUAAUGCUUCGAGCCAUGGACUGCCAUGUCUCCAGCGAUAUUCCUUUCCAGCUAUGAGUGAAGACUGUCUCACGUUGAAUGUGUUCCUGCCAAAUGCAACCGAUGUAUCGUCCAGGGUGCCAGUGAUGGUAUGGAUUGACGGGUUAGGAUUUGUGUAUGGAUGCGCUUCUUUGUACGAGCCUUGGCAAUUGGUGACAAAAGGUGACGUUAUAGUCGUCACCAUCCAGUACAGACUGGGAAUAUUCGGAUUUUUCAGUACAAAAAAACCCAUCGCACCGGGAAACUACGGAUUAUGGGAUCAACACCUGGCGCUCCAGUGGGUCAAGACAAACAUUGAAGCUUUUGGCGGUGACAGCAACAACAUCACCAUCAUCGGAGAAUCUGCAGGGGCGGCGAGUGUGGCCUAUCACGUGUUGUGCCCGGGGUCAAAGGGGCUGUUCCAGAGAGCAGUUCUACAGAGUGGAGCUGCCACAUCUCUCUGGGCGAUCAACAGAAAUGAUGAACUUACAGCAAUAAGUUUUGGAUAUAAUUUAGGUUGUCAUGGUGGAGGUGGUGACGCAAUGAGCAGACAAAGGGACAUGGUAGACUGUAUCAGGAAGACCGAAAGUACGAGAGUAUUAGCCUAUUCCAAUUUUGGAUGGUGGAUGACCUACGAGCUCAUGCAGUACACGUGGGUCCCCACCAUUGAUGGGAUCUUUGUCAAAGACGAUCCUCAAAUCUUAAUGAGAGACAUCACAUUCUUAAAUACCACGUAA